GUAUUUGUAUCCAACAAUAAUAUAGAGAAUAUAAAGCUCGGUAAUUACUAAAGUUAAAGUUAAUCAUAUAAACUUUCAGUUGUUGAAUUUGUAUUUAAUACUACUGCCAUGUAGCCCUAUGUCUAUAACCGUCUCUUAUAUGUAUUAAACACGGAGACAAAUGCUGUUUUCAAAAUUUUAUAAAGCGUUUCCGGAGAUGAAAAAACUAAGUGAAGUGACUUGAAAUCUUAAAUUUUGGUAAUGUUUGUCAGGCAAUGUUUUCGUUUAAUCCCUAUGUUUUCUUUAAAAGAUCCAAGACAUGCCUGUUUGGUUUCACUUUUGUGGUUGCUAUGAGUACAUUCCUUUUCAUAUUUGAAGAUCAACGACCAUCUAUUCAAACACUUGUUUCAGAGACCCACAAACAGCUGAAAAGCUUUCAGGACAACCUGAAAGUUGCUGAGGAGAAGCUCCUGAAAGUGGACGAACAAUACUUAGACCUUCUGGGUUUCAGUAGCUCUCCGAGAUUGUAUCCUGUCGCAACAUGGCAGAAUUCCAGCUUACCUGUAAUUGUAACCUACAUGUUCAGUGGACAGAGCAUGCGAGUCAUUGGAUUUAUAAGGAAUAUCGAACGCCAUUUUCCUGACCAUACCAUUAUAAUAUACAAUUUAAGUUUCCAGUCAUACUACUUAAAUACUAUUUACAACAUUUGUAAUAGCAGUUCGUGCACCGUUAUCGACUACAAUUUAAGUGUUUUUCCAAAUCAUGUGUCAAUAGAAAGUUUUCAUGCAUAUCGUCCUCUAAUAAUACAGGAUGCCUUGAAUCGAGCAGGGGCAGUGCUGUUUUUGGAAAAUAAUCUCAGACUAAAGAGUAAUUAUAUCCAUCGAUUGGUUAGCUUUGCCUUGCGACCAAAACUUAAGAACAAUUCCAGUAGAGCAGGUGUUUUAAGCUGGUCAACUAGCCGUGCAGUCUCCUCUGUGACACAUUUGAAAAUGUUUGAGUACUUUCGAAUGCCUGUUGACAAUUUCUUUUUCCUACGCAUGGUUGAUGUUACUAGCAUUUUGCUAUUUAAUACUAAGUUUGUACAUGAAAAUAUAAUGUUACCAUGGGUCCAAUGUUCAUUACUUCAAGACUGUAUUGCACCUGUAGGGUCUCAGCCAAAUGGGUGUCAUUUUGACAAGAAGCCUCUGUACAGAUAUGCAGGUUGUCAUGCAUAUGAUGCGUCUGCAAUCAGUAUUAUUUUAGGCAUCAAUUAUGGUUACAAUGAAUCACUCUACUCUUAUUCUAGUCAAAAUCCAUACUUCUACAACGUAACGGAAACCGCAGCGUUGCUUGAGUACAAACGCCUGAAAGAAAACGCUACAGAGGUGUCAAUUAUUUGAAACUGUUGUAUCUGUGAAUUAUAAAAAGUCAAAGUUGUUUCCUCAGGAAUCUUGAGCUUUAAAAAAAGUGCAACCCCUCUCUUGCCUUUUUUUUAAAAAAAUUUUUUUACAAUUAAUCGAACACAAUGGGCCAUAAUGUUUGUUUACAAAGACUUUUGCCUUGCAAAAGACUUCUUUUAUGCAGGCAUGGAUUGUAAAUAAAAUUAACAUACUGCCUGAAUCCUUUUUUUUUUUUUUUUUUUUUUUUAAGUUUUCUGUCAACUUUUUGCUAGUGAUCAAAACUUAUGCAGCAGUAACAUUGAUGUGUUUGAACAUAUUAAAAUUACUGCAUUUGAUUUGAGUGAGAUUUAACAUAAAAAUUAUGUUACAAUGAAGUCAUCAUUUUUAAUGACAUCAAUAUCAUAAGGAGGUUGGGUAUGGAUAAGAGACGUUUUCGGGCCCACCCUGAAUUUCCUCAACUCUACGAUUUGUUCAAUUCUUAAGGUUCUAUAUUUUAUGGAAUGCAUCAUGAUUUGGUCAAUUUUGGUCUCUUUUCAAGUCCCUUGCUGGCCUAAUUAUGGGCCUGUAGGCUGAUUUUGACUAAAUAUGCGGAUUUUUUGUAUUCAACCGCAAACCCGCAUUUUUCACCAAAGUCAGCCCUCAGUCCCAAGUUUAAGCCAGCAGUAAAACCGCAGAGACAGGAAAUGACCAAUUCAAUACGCAUCCCAUAAAAUACAGAUCUUCGAUGAGCAAUAAAUCGUAAAGUUGAAGAAAUUCAGCUUGCAGUAGCCCUAAUAAAACCCUUAUUGGUAGUCCUCCUUUUAAAAAAAAUAGAGGUGAUGAUUCUAAUGGAGAGGGUCAUUGUAUUCAGUUUGACUAUUAAUAUGUGUAUUAAAUGCAGAAAUUUUUCUCUUUAGAGAUGCCAGACUUGUUUCUUUUUUGGCUUCUUACAUUAUUCCUUAAAUAAUGAAAAUGUUCAUGAAACAAGAAGGCAAAGCGGAUGAAUCAGCAAUAAAGUAACCAAAAUUGCAAAACAUAGUAUGCAUCUUAAACAUUUUUGUGUUGGAACAAUAAUUUUUCAUGAGCGAGUCAUAAUUGAGGCUAAUUUAAUGAUUUUUUUGAGUGAAAUUUUCAAUCAAGAUUUUUAAUUAUACCAAGCUUUGAUUUUGCAAAUAAAUAGUAUCCCAGUAAAAAUUUCGUCAUGAGAGUGAUUCUAUUACAUUUCAGCUAAGAAUGAAUCUAACUGAGGGUCUUUCAGAUACAAUAAUUACAACCCUAUCUCUUGUCUCUAUGAAACCAUCUAUUCAUUAGCUCGUAUUGGCCAAAUCACCAUGACAUUUAUCAGGGAUUUUUGUCGUACUUAAAAGUAAUUUUGAAAUCUACAAGAGGCAAUCAAUUUUUUUUCUGACAUCAUUUCCCUUAACUCCUUGUAAACAUUCUUAUUUUUAAUCAAUUUUUUAUGGACAGCCAUAGUCAAAAAACAUAACAAAUGUUCAGGCUCAUUUCAGAACAGCAUUUCUGCAAUUGAUCUCUGUAUGCAGAUAUGUGCUUUUUGUAAGGAUGAUGUUGCUCUUAUGUAAUUUCUUUUUGGCAAACGCUGUCUACAUCUUCUGGACUGUUAAAUCAGCUUUGCUUGCCAAGUAUUUUCAAUUUAGUUGGUACCCAAGCUUUAUAAUUGAUUAUUUAUUACUUUCCUAUUGGCACACGCACAUUGAAUGUAGUGUGCAUGGGAGUAAGUAUCACUUACUUGUCAAGCAAUGUAUAAUUUUCUCCUUUGUAACCACGCAAUUUCAAACUUACCUACUUUCGAGUUUUGUGUUUCCUUUUUUCCCCCUUAUACUCAGAACUACAAGACUUCUUUAUUUUCGUUGAUUCACAAGUUAUAGUGUAAUACUAAUUAAUAGUCUUUGAUUUUUGCAAAUUUUUUCUGGAAUUAAUGCUUACCUACUUAUCCUCAAAAUACAAAAAAAACAUUGGGCGUAUUUAUACCUUGCUGCAAAAUUAUUCAUUAAACUUUUAAGCUUCUCAAUGGAAGGAUGUACUUAUUUACAUCAAAAAUUGUUGGCUUUGUUCAGAAAAUAUUAUAUAUUGACGGCGUAAGACCGCAAUCACAUAUCUCGUUUGCGGUGUCUGAAAAACUCUGCCUCUAUGUUAUUUUUUUAAAGGAGAACAAAUUGCCAUCAUUCCUUGAAGUUUAUGCAGAAUUUCCUUCGCACAGAGAACAAAAAUCAUGGCAGUUUUAAAGAAUUGCCGUUGAGUAGUUUUCUGUUUAAAAAAUGAAGUAAGACAAGAAGUCUGCGCUGUCGCAAACCGAGUUAUGUGAUUGCCCACUCACACCAACGAUACGCACUCCUGCAAGUGCCAGUGCUUAUAUUUUUCAUGAGCUCUGUUGGAAAGAGAGACAAAUAUUUUAACAAAAAAAAUAAUAAUGUCAAUGAAUUAUUUUAAACCCAACAGUUUUUUUCUCUUUUUUUUCUUUUUUUUUCUUGGAGAAUCAACCUGAGUGUCCUGGAAACAAUCUCCAAAUUUCAUAAGAAAAAUAAGGAGCAAAAUAAAGGGGGAAAGGAGGGAAACAAUUCAAACGAAGCACUUCCAGGGAAAA